AUGGAUGAGCCACCAACCAAGCAUUUGCUUGGCUCCAAGAAGAGAGUCAAAAUCCACCCCAACACAGUCACAGUCAAAUACGCCACUCACUUUCCCCAACCCGGAGAUGAGGGCUACGAUGAUGCCCCAUCAUUUGAAGACUUUGGCUCAUUUGUUGAAGAGACCUCCGAAAAGAAGAAUCUUACUUCCAGUAAACCUGGCAGAACGUUUUUUGGAGCACUGGACAGUCGGUCCAAGCUGCCCGGAGAUCAGAAGGAAAAAGGGGUUGGAGGUCAGUUGCAGAGCUUCGGGGAGGCCAAUGUGUUUGCCUCACGCAUGACAUGGGCAGCUCUGUUCGGGGCUGCUCUUGCUCACGGCUGUGUGGCACUCAUCACGCGUCUGGCUGCUGACCGCUCCAGGGUUCCAUCACUGGAGCUCCUCUUCAUCCGCUCCGUCAUUCAGGUCCUGUCCAUUGGUGUAGUGUUGUAUUACCACGAGCCGCCAUUUGGGCCCAAAGGCUACAGACUGCGGCUUUUCUUUUACGGUGUGUGCAACGUGAUCUCCAUCACUUGCGCUUAUACCUCCUUUGCCAUAGUGCCGCCCAGCAACGGCACCAUCAUGUGGAGGGCCACCACGACGGUCUUCAGCGCAAUGCUGGCGUUUUUACUCAUCGAUGAGCGACUGGGAAUGACAGACGUGGUGACAGUCAUCAGUAGCGUCUUUGGCCUUUGCUUGGUCAUGAUCCCUAAUAUUGUAGGCGAGCACAGGGCUCUGGGUUUCUGGAAAGAAGCUUUCGGCUACACUAUGACGGUAAUGGCAGGCCUAAUGGCUGCACUGUCUAUGAUCAUAUACCGGGCAAUCAAAGAGCGGGUGAGUAUGUGGACAGCACUGUUCACCUUUGGAUGGACAGGAUCGGUAUGGGGUGUGUCCACAAUGUUCAUCCUGCAGGAACCCAUCAUUCCCUUGGAUGGAGAGACGUGGGGAUAUCUCAUCGGCAUCUGCCUCUGCUCCACUGUGGCGUUCCUGGGUGUCUACUAUGCCCUUAACAAGUUUCACCCUGCCCUCGUGAGCACCGUGCAGCAUAUGGAGAUUGUUGUGGCUAUGCUUCUGCAGCUUAUCGUUCUCCAUAUGGUUCCCUCGGUCUAUGACAUCAUCGGGGGUCUCAUCAUCAUCAUCAGUGUUGUCGUGCUGACCGCCUUAAAGCUUUACUGGGUGGGGAAGAGCAAAAGAGAGGAGUAUGAAGAAAUCCUUGACUCGCCAAUAAAAUGAAUUUUAGAGUGAUCUUGCUAUCUUAUUUGUGAUAAAGAUUUUUGUGAAUGUUUAAGAAAAUGGUCUAUGUAAAGUUUAUGUCAUUGAUUAAGUGCCAUUUGUGACGUUAAAUAUUGUGUAAUGUUAAAUAUGAUAUUAAUUCUUUUUAUCCAUUAUAAAAUAUUUUGUGGUUUUAUUUUAAACUGUCAAACAUGUUUCAUGUGUCAUUUGCAGAUUAGCACAAUACAUUUAUUUUUUAAAUCCGAUCACAAUUCAACAUCAAAUAAAACAAUCUAUGCUGCUCAA